AUGGCUGCGCGUAACCUCCGCCGAGCCCGCCGUGUUCCAUUGGCCUUGCUGUUGGCUGUCAUGGGCGGCCUGGCCUUGCCAACUUUUGUCUCAUGCGGAGGCAGGAUGUCGUCGAGACUUACGGCUCAGAAAAGCAAUCGGGUGACCCUGGUUCCUCAGCGAGCCACGGACUUCGAAGGGAGCCUGGAGAAGAUCAAAAGAAACAUCAUGGAGGGCGAAGUCGGCAAGCGCGGUGAGGUCUACGUGGCAUCGCAGCUCUUUCUGUUGUUGUGCAUCCUGAUCGGCACAGUGCCAUUGAUCAGCUCCUCGCUCUACUUUUUGGCCGGGCCCCUGUCCAUGGCCGUGGGAGGCGGAAUGAUCGUGGCCUCCGUCUACCAGCUCCAGGGCGACCUUUCCCCGUGGAUAGUGAAGCCCGCCGGGUCGACACUGAGGACGGACGGCAUCUAUGAGUAUGUGCGGCAUCCAAUCUAUGGAGGAUUGGUUUUACUCUGCCUCGGGAUUGCGGUUGUCACCAACAGUGCCAACCGCCUGAUUCUCACAGCGGCCCUGUACUUCGUUCUCGACCAAAAGGCCACAGUGGAGGAGGACAACCUGAAAGAAAGCGAUCCAAGCUACGGUGCUUAUGCAGAGAAGACCUCUGGCAAGCUACUCCCGGAUGUGAGAGAGCUUCUGAGCUCGGAGUGA